AUGAAAGGUGAAUGGAUCUAUAAUGAUUCAAAGAAAGUGGAAAUUUUGAAUGAACAAUUUGCUUCGAUAUGUACUAUGGAUGAUAAAGGUAUUAAUAAAUCUAUUCCUGCUGAUGCACUUUCUUUAGCUUCAACUAAGUUUGAUAUUACGAAUAAGAUCUGUUCAGAUGAAAUUGAGAAGGUACUUAAACUUAGUAAUUCUAAUAAAGCAUGUAGUUCGGAAGUUACUAGUAAGAUGGUAGAAGAAUCAAGUGACGUGACAAACGAAGCGCUAGCAGAUAUAUGUAAUCAGUCUAUAGCGGAAGGCGAAUUUCCAAUGUGUUUCAAAGUAGGAGCUAUAUAUCUUUUGUACAAGGAUGGUGAACCAUGGUUAGUUAAUAAUUAUCGUCCGGUAACAUUAUUUCAUAUUCUCUCAAAACCAUUAGAGCGUGUUGUCUAUACUCAGCUAUAUAACUACUUAGCGAAGAAUAAUUUAUUAACGUGUCUACAAUCUGGCUGCCGUCAUCGCGAUUCCACGAUUAAUCAAUUUCGUUCACGGAGUUGCGCUGGAAUUUGA